UUCGUAACAAAGCAAACUUUCAUAGUAAAACAAAUCGAAAACACAUACAAAAAAAAGUUAUAAAUGGCUGACAAUACGUUUCAUAUGUGAAGUGCACAGUAAUUUUUUUAAAAAUAAAAUUUGCUUCAACAAAAUAGAAUGGAUCCAAACUAUCAUAACGCGACGAAGGCAGUGAAUCGCAUUAAAUCCCUCUAUCCAAAUGUGAACGAAAAUGCGACACCCUUGCCACGAUCGUGGAGCUCCAAAGAUAAGUGUACAUCUAUUGGAUUGACCCAAAAUAAUUUACGUGUUCAUUACAAAGGGUCGGGAAAAUCACAUAACGAUGCAGCAUCUGUUAGAACAAAUCAUCCAAUACCUGCAGCUUGUGGCUUAUAUUACUUUGAAGUGAAAAUUAUUUCGAAGGGACGAGAUGGUUACAUGGGCAUUGGAUUAACGUCCAGUUCUUUCAAAAUGAACCGCUUACCAGGCUGGGAUAAACAAUCAUAUGGAUACCAUGGUGACGAUGGUCAUUCGUUUAGUUCUUCGGGUAAUGGACAGCCGUAUGGACCUACAUUCACAACCGGCGAUAUAAUUGGCUGUGGUGUGAAUUUGGUUGACAAUACCUGCUUCUAUACGAAAAACGGUCAUCAACUUGGUACAGCGUUCAAGGAUCUGCCAUCACAACUUUAUCCAACCGUUGGCCUACAAACACCAGGCGAAAUAGUUGACGCAAAUUUUGGACAAGAACCGUUUAAGUUCGACAUUGAAGAUAUGAUGAAUGAAUUGCGCGCAUCAACCAGGGCUUCCAUAUUCGAUUUCCCAUUGCCACAGAAUCAGGGCGAUUGGACUGCUACGCUACACAAAAUGGUCUCUUCGUACUUGGUUCACCAUGGAUACAGUUCAACGGCUGAAACAUUUGCUAAAUCGACCGAACAGAAUUUAUGUGAAGAAAUAGCGUCAGUGAAAAAUCGACAAAAAAUCAUUAAUUUAGUUAUGUCGGGUCGAAUGGGCUUAGCAAUCGAACAAACAUUACGCUUAUAUCCGGGCCUCUUGGAAAAUAAUCAAAAUUUGCUGUUUAUGCUGAAGUGCCGGCAAUUCAUCGAAAUGGUCAACGGAUCUGACUUUGAUAACGGAACAGCACGCAGCAGUCCGGUACAAACAUCAGUGAUCCAGUCUACAAAAACAUACACAAAUUGCAUACAACACAAUGACGCUUUAAUAACGGAUUCAGCUUACUGUGACAAUCAAGAAAUCAACAAAACAUUACACUUAAAUAACAGUAACUCAAACUACGCAACAUCAAAUAUCACAGAGCCAAAUAGAAAUACCGACAUUCAAUUAAAUAAUCAAAUCAAUGCUGUGAUCAACGACAGCGAUUACCUAAACGAUGUGGAGAUGGAGAACGGACACAUCAGUAAUGACAUCGACGAAACGGCUAGUAAGAAAGCGAGUAGUAAAUCGGGCGUAGAACGUAUGCUAGAAUUCGGUAAAGAAUUAUUUCUACUUAGUCAAAGGUUGGAACACGACAGUGGAAUCAACGAAAGUAACCAAAAAAUGUUAGAGGACGCAUUUAGCUUACUCGCUUAUUCGAAUCCAUGGUCGAGUCCGUUGGGUUGGCAAUUGUGUGCGUCCCGUCGAGAAUCAAUAUGUGCUGCCCUUAAUUCUGCCAUAUUAGAAUCAAUGAGUUAUUCAUGGCGACCACCAAUCGAAAUUUGUUUAGCCCAUGCGUGCCAGUUGUUACAGUUGAUGGCGAAUUCGUCGUUAGGUUCAUGUGCAUUCGCUACGAUAGAAGAUAUACUCCAAUCGCAGUGACUAACACCAUUGUUGCUUAUUAAAUCAUUUAAUUUGAAAUUUUCCUAAAUUUAAGUGCGAUCCUCAAAUAUGAAUUUUUUUUUUGUUUUUUAAUUUUAUUCUCUCUCUGUCUCGGUUCAUCAUUUUAUUUUAUUUUUUAGUUUAGAGAAUUUAGAGUGAAUAAACAUUCAAAAUAUAAUCAGUGAAAUCGUUUAAGAAUGUGAAAUGAAUAUAAUCUACAAACAAAAGCAUAAUAAAAUGUAAAUAAACUUUUUUUAUUUGAAUUUUCCCGCCAUUAUUUGUUUUUAAUGAUUUUUGUUCGGAAUUAUUCUUAAAUUUUUUAUUUAAAAUUUUGAUAUAGAACAAGAAUUAACAUUAAAACAGAGGCAUCAUAUAAAUAAAAUGUUAAAACAAACACAGAAGCAAUUCGAAAAUCAUUGAUGAUUUAACCUUAACACAUAAUUGUUCUACUACUAAAGAAAUUGGAUUAUAAUUUGAAGUAUAAAUAAAAAGCCAACAAAUUUAACCAAUAAAACGUUUCAUUCAUUAAAAAAAAACCAAACAAACAAAGAGAACAAUUAAUUGAAUUUAAUAAAAAGAAGAAAAAAAUGAAAUUCAUUACGGUAUGUGAUGACACGCGGGGCACUCAAUAAUGAAAAAAUGAAAAAAACAAAAUGCUAAUAAAUUUAAAUGUGAAUUGUAGUAGCUUUUAAGAAGUCUCUUUUUAAUAGAUGUUAAAUAAUCGAAUUAAA